AUGGGAUUCAAGAAACUUUUUAAAAUCAAGCCUCCAGAGGAAGAUACUCCUGAGAAGAACACAGAGUUGCUGAAUGAACAGGGUAUUCCUGUAAAAAUUCAGGGUUCUGGAAAUAAACAAAAAUUUGCAGCUUAUGGUAAGUUUGCUGCAGAUCGGAGGGUAGACAAGGUCUAUGCACCCCCUGGUUACGAACAGUAUAGUAGACCUCAUCAGCAAGGUCAAGAUGACGAGACUGAAGGCUUGGAUUCCUUAAACAAGUCACAGUUAGAUCCAUAUUUACCCAAAACGGAUGCUGCGUAUGGUAAUCAAGAUCUUUAUUCACUAAGCAAUAGUAGGAGCUCGUAUUCUCAAGUGCAAUCAGAUCCUUACAGCUCAAAUCUAUCAUCCAAAAGGGCUGAUCGGCCAUCAACAGAUCCCUAUUGUGGCAACCCAACCAACUUUUCUCAAAACAAUUAUAGAGGAGUUAACACGAAUAGCUCCGGUAAGAAUCCAUAUCAAAACAUCAGUUCGGAUUCGUAUGGAGCAUUGGCGUCUAACAAAGGCGGUAAUAUCUAUGCAGCGAUGAAGUCUGGCACUUAUGGUGAGACCAAUAGCAGCAACCGUACUAUAUCUGAGUCUUCUGCCCGUGGUAUGCAUGUGUCCCAGCCUCGUGGUUCAUUCAGGCCGUCUCAAUCCGGCUCACACUUAGAUAAUGACGAUGAUGAACUAGACUUAAACGCUGAGAUUACCCCGGUUGAUGAGGAUGACUUGAACAACUCGAUACACGAUGGAUAUGAAGAUAGCAUGGCUAAUGAACAUAAAGGUUUUCAAACAUUUGAAGAAAUCCAACGUGAACAAGAGCUGAAGCAACUCCAACAAGAAGAUGAAGAAGUAGACGAAAUCAAACAAGAAAUUCGGUUUACCAAGCAGAGUUCGGUAGCAUCCACGAGAAAUACAUUAAAGAUGGCACAGGACGCUGAAAUGGCAGGUAUGAAUACGUUGGGAAUGUUGGGCCACCAGAGUGAAAAGCUAAAUAACGUGGAACGGAAUCUAAAUUUAAUGAAAAUGCAAAACCGUGUUGCAGAAGAUAAAGUUGGGGAAUUGAAGAAACUAAACAGGAGCAUUCUAGCGGUACAUGUCGGCAAUCCGUUUACCAACAAACGCAGGAUAAGGGAAGCCGAAGAAAGGAUCAAAUCCCAGCAUAAGAAUGACAAAACGCUUCAAGAAGAAAUAAAUUCAAAGUUGCAACAAUCUACCCAACGUAUAGAGAACGCAAUGCAGUCAAGUGAGUCAGGCGUCCGUGAGCGUUACCAAAGAGCACAAGCCUUGGAGCGUGCAAAAAAAUUCCAAUUUGAGAAUGAUGAAGCGGAUGACGAGAUGGAAGUCGAAAUCGACCGCAACUUGGAUAGGAUUACCCAAGUUAGUGGAAGGCUAAAAAAACUCGCUAUUGCAACGGGACAAGAAAUUAGUUCCCAAAAAGACCGCAUCAAGAAAAUUGAAGAAAAUGCCGACGACCUUGAUAUCCGUAUCCACCUAAAUACUACAAGGAUGACGAACAUUAGAUAA